UGCAUCGGCAACUUCGCUGCUCAGUAGACGAUUCUGCCACUUUCUGUAGAGGCCAGCAGUUCGAGAUAAAAGCUGCAGAUCAUAGACAGAGAAAGCAUAUGCUCUGAGAACAGAACACAACUGCAUGUCAAGUGUAGCCGAGGGUCUGUCUACGCAGAAACAACAAGUGCAUUUCUACAUGUUCGUGACAAAAUGUGGGGGAUAGAAUCGCGUUUCAGUGGGAAUGCUGCAACUUAUGUCUUUUUCUUCUAAAGACAAUUAUGUACUAUAUAAAUGACAAUUUAUUUUUUUUACCGACCCGACCAAACAUGACCCGCAUAUCAUUAAAAAUAUUUUUUCUUGACCCAUAACCGCGGGUGACCGCGGUCGCCCGCUCGAUUUGGAUCAGCCCGCGCAUCACUGGUAGAUACGGAUGCCUGCUCUUCAGAGCCAUCACCACAAAGGAGCACUAGAGCCUGGUGCAAAACCACCAACUGGGAUGGAUCGAAGGGCAAGCAAGCACUGCCACACAACGUCAAGACCUUUGUCAACACUAAGCAGAAAGUUUCCUACGAUGGGGAGAAGUGGCCGCAAGGACUGCAUCGAUAAGAUCAACGAAUGCCUUCGCAAGCCCCGAAACCCUGGCGAUACAUUUUCUUUCCUUUAAUUCAAUAAAACAUUGUUUAUCUGAAGAACUUUUCCGAGGUUGUCUUGUCUACCAAAUCCUAAACUUAAAUAGAGUAAACAUUUUAUCUAUGAAAAAACUCUUAGGGGGAACAGUUAGGCAGCCCUUCCUCCAUUAUCGUAGUAGGACUAUAGGCAAUUUAUUAGAGGGGUCAAAAAAAACUAAUAAAGUAGGCUAGACUAAAUGUGUCACUUUAGUGAUUGGCUCUUUCAAAUGCAAAUUAGGUGGAUGGGCUUUUGAAUGGGCCUGCUGCAGGUGAGAGGACAAAUCCUACGAAUUUAUUGUUUUUAGAAAGUGCCAUUAUCAUUGCCAUAUUCUCUUAAAACAUAGGCUAUAUAUUUGAAAACGAGUUGAUUAAAGGCUUCUAAUGGUGUCUCUAUAAUAUGAUAAAAGCAGAGAUUGAGAUGUGUGUUUGGAACAGUUUUUCAAAUCCCCCGGGGGUAUUUAGACUCCAGGGUGUUAAGGCGAGACACUACAGUUGAAUAGGGUAAAAUUUUUAAAUAAUAGGUAUCACCAUGAAACUUCCUCAGUUGAUUACUUAUACAAGUAUGAGAAAAAAAUGUAUUACAAGUUUUUGAAAUGUGUAUGUUUAAUUAUGCAAAUGAGGCAUUAUCUCAUUAAAUAUGCAUGAUUUUGCAUAUAUUUCCGGUAGAUAGAUCUGAGCAUAUGAUAAAGCCAGGUGCAAAAUUAUUCUUUCGUGUUGUUUACAAACAAGAUUACAAUAAAAUUACAGAAGGAUUUCAGGAUAUCUGCUUUCAUUGCCUAGGAAAUACAAAUAUACUGUCCAUAGCCUUAAAAAAACGAUUUUUGCCAUGCUUUUUUGAUUAACAUGUCACAUAAAUCAGGCCAGGAAUGAUGUAUUAACAAAUCCCUCUGUAAAUGUCUUCAGAAUACUGUUAAGUGUAUAACUGGAAAGUUUGGUGUAGACAGGUGCUACAGAGGCUGAGAAGUAUCUACCGGAAAAUGACUCAAAACCGCAAAUAACUAGUUUUGAGAAAACAGCCUUGAAACACAGCCAAUGAGAUUCGUUCUCAGCUUAGACGCGUCUUUGAACUUUCGCGAUUGGUUGCCAAUACAAAGGAAAUGUCCAUAUUUGGAUUGCAUGGCGUUAUUCAGGAGGAGCAGGGCUUUCCAACGGUGUGAGACACGAUAUGAUUUGGAUCACGUUCGCGGGAGUACAUGACAUUUUAGAAUGGGAACUUUUGAGAAAAUGUGAAGAAAUACAUAGGCGCGAGCACACAAAAGUUCGUGAAAUAAACACCUAAAUGUGCAAAUCGGACUUUGUUGUUGUAGUAGGGUGGUAGAAUACAUGCUAAGGUAGCAAACUAGCACAAAAUCUCGAAAUUGACCGGAGGUCACAAAAACAAUGUUUUCAACUGCCGUGUCUCGCCUUAAGCACUCAUUCACAACUGUCCCAUCGCUAAAUGCUCUCUUGUGUUGCGUGAUCACACAAGUAUAGCCUACCUGUCGUAGUGUGCUUUUAAUUUGAUAUGCCUAAUUAUUAUCUCCGCCAAGGAUAUAGGAUGAACAAAGUCUAUGGAUUUGCUAUCCAGUAGCCUAAUAAUUAGGCUAUGUGCCACGUCCGAUUUCGCAAGUGGUGUAGUAGGCUACAUUUAAAAACAGACAGCCGCCUGUGAGAUCCAUUUCAUGAAGAGCAUUAUUGUCUUGUGCGAUCAUUCCCCCUCCCCCACACUCGUCUAACCAGUUCACUACAUUAUAGCCUAUAGCCUAUGUGGCACUGAGGACGACACUUGAGCCCGACACUAUGUCAAUGUAAAAAUGUGUGUGAGUGCGCGCUGAACCACGAAUUAACAUAACUUUUCUUUUCAGCAGACAUCGCAAACAUAAAAAGAAUCUCAAAACAGGAAAUCUUUCGUUUCUUUUAAUAAAUCGAUUCAUUUUGUUUUGACGGGUUCCGGAGAGGUUCUUCGACUGGGUUUCGAACCCCGGUCGCUUGCGUACGAUACCUAUGCUUCAACCACAUGCGCCACAACUGGAUGUGAAUUUCGAAAGGCUUUAUUCGGCAUAUGUAGGCUACUUGAACGUCGCCGUAGCCUACUUGAACGUCGCCGGUUAAAAUGAACAAGCCUCCGUUUUAAAAUAGCUUAGGCCUACACAUUUCUAAGUAUUCCUAGCAUGUAAAUGUUGCCAAAAUGUCCAUCUUGUCCAUCUCUUUCGUCUUCGCCUUGACGUUGACAAUAAUAGCCUAUUCACGGAAAUGCGGUCUUGUAACCGUAGCCUAAUGAAUUCAUGAAUUAAUCUAAGGUUGCCUUUCGAGUAGCCUAUUUCAGGUUGAAUUGAAGGCUAUUUCCUUCUGAUAGGCCUAUAGGUUUCUAAAACCAUUUUCAUUCAUUUCAACAAUGGUUUAUUGAAACGUCGUUUGAUUAAUUUCGCCAGUCAUCACUUUCAUUUUAAGGAUAUAGGAUGAACAAAGUCUAUGGAUUUGCUAUCCAGUAGCCUAAUAAUUAGGCUAUGUGCCACGUCCGAUUUCGCAAGUGGUGUAGUAGGCUACAUUUAAAAACAGACAGCCGCCUGUGAGAUCCAUUUCAUGAAGAGCAUUAUUGUCUUGUGCGAUCAUUCCCCCUCCCCCACACUCGUCUAACCAGGUCACUACAUUAUAGCCUAUAUGCGGCACUGAGCACGACACGACACUUGAGCCCGAAACUAUGUCAAUGUAAAAAUGUGUGUGAGUGCGCGCUGAACCACGAAUUAACAUAUUAACUUUUCUUUUCAGCAGACAUCGCAAACAUAAAAAGAAUCUCAAAACAGGAAGUUUUUCGUUUCUUUUAAUAAAUCAAUGCAUUUUCUUUUGAUGGGUUCCGGAGAGGUUCUUCGACUAGGUUUCGAACCCCGGUCGCUGGCAUACGAUACCUAUGCAUCAACCACUUGCGCCACAGCUGGAUGUGAACUUCAAUAGGCUUUAUUCGGGAAAUGUACUUGAAACGUCGCCGGUUAAAAUGAACAAGCCUCCGUUUUAAAAUAGCUUACACAUUUCUAAGUAUUCCUAGCAUGUAAAUGUUGCCAAAAUGUCCAUCUUGUCCAUCUCUUUCGUCUUCGCCUUGACGUUGACAAUAAUAGCCUAUUCACGGAAAUGCGGUCUUGUAACCGUAAUGAAUUCAUGAAUUAAUCUAAGGUUGCCUUUCGAGUAGCCUAUUUCAGGUUGAAUUGAAGGAAAUAGUCCUUCUGAUAGGCCUAUAGGUUUCUAAAACCAUUUUCAUUCAUUUCAACAAUGGUUUAUUGAAACGUCGUUUGAUUAAUUUCGCCAAUCACUUUCAUUUUAAUGAUUAAAUGAGACGGAUAUGCGGAGCAUUUCUCUCCCUCUCCGUUGACCAAAACGUUGCUCUGGCAUCUCUGCUGGACUGACUGAGUUAUAGGCUACGUCGAGUGAGAGAGCUGUGAGGUAGGCUGUAAACAUUCGAAAACUCGGGCGGUCUAUGUUGCCCCCUUGCGGUUGCAGUUUUCCCGAUGCUUCGGGAGUCCCGAUGUGCGGGAAUGAAAGGAGCAUUCUCAACCCGUACCAUCUGCACUGCACUGGUGGUUUACUUGCAUGACUGUUUAUUCAGGCAGUAACUUCCAAAAGUUUUCCUUUCGCAGCCAUCUUGAAUUUAGUCACUGGGUGUUGUGGAGUGCAUGGAAAAAUGUGGUAUAUAUGAAUUAAUGAAGUUCUCCAUUUGGAGUUGUAGAUAAAAACAUUCUGUCUGUUUACAAUAAAUAUCCUGUCUCAGCCAUCUCUUUUUUUCUCUUCUUACACAUUCCCGCCACAUUAUCGCCUGAUCUGGCUUCAGAGAAGUCAAAAAUAAACAUUUUUAACUUCCCUGAUCACUGUAUUGAUAUUGGUCAUGUCUUGGGGCACGUUGCCAGGAGUGUCUGUGAAUGCUUGUUGUUGAUGAUGUAUGAUGGCGAUUGUGGUUAUGGUUACAUGAUUUAGUAGACCCUUUUAUCCGAAGAAACUUACAAAUAAUAACAAUACGAUAGUUAAACAUUAACAGUGAAAAGUUGUUUAAAAUGUUGGUAUCUACUUAAUUUAUUCUAAUUCUAAUUAAGAUCUAAAUCUUAAUGUUAAGAUUAAGUCAAUUAAGUCAUUUGUGUAAUUCCUGAACAUAAGAAAUGUCAUAACUGAUGAAUGCUUAUUUAUGAGUACAUGGCAAUAAACUUGAACUUGAACUUGCUCAGUUAUACUGCUAGACUCCAUAGGGGUUUGUAUUCUGUAAAUAAAAUCAGUUAUUUUUUUUAAAUUCCAUAUUUCUACCACAUUCUCAUACAACCUUUAGCCAUGUGGCAGUAUAAUCAUCAGUCAGAACAAACAUAUCGGACGAGAGAAAUAAAUCAUAUUAAAAUAAUUGCCAGGGGUAUGAAUGAACCGUUAACAAGCCACUUCUUACCUGCUUGUAGUAAAUUCUGCAGCCCCCCCAAUCUAAAGCGAGAGCUAUGUAACUAACAGUUAACAAGCCUAAUGUUCUAUCUUUAAAUCUUUAAAGCGGUUAAGCCAGGGGUCGGCAACCCAAAAUGUUCAAAGAGCCAUUUUGGACCAAAAAAACAAAAGAACAAAUCUGUCUGGAGCCGCAAAAAAUGAAAAGCCUUAUGUAAGCCUUAUAUGAAGGCAACACAGGCUGUAAGUGUAUAUUAUCUAUAUUAGCCUACUAUCAAAAUGACUAAGUAGGCUACAACGAGGCUACAUAAUGAGCUUUCAUGAUUAAAUGUUUUUCCCUGCAGCGCAUCUCGGGGAGAAUGACACACCACGUGACUACUCCGCUGUAUAUGCCGUUUUAAGUUCAACUUCGUGUAAUCACCAUCCGUGAACUGUUGUUUUCCACGUUUUAAUAUCUCUCAGGUUGCAACAAAAUUUCUCCAGAAGUAGGCUACUGCAAUCAAACUUUUUCUCUCAGUCCCAACUAAGUCGGCUGCAAAUGUAGCAUGCCUUCCCUGAAAAUGUCUUUCUAAAUGUCUCUCUCUUUGUUGUUCACCAACUUCUCAUUACAAGGCAAACAUGCAGGCAAUCCUUCCGCAAUGGCAAUGAAAGCAAAUGAUUCGGUCCAUUCUGCCUUAAAUUCUCUGAUCUCAUCGGCUAUCUUUCUCUUUUUCCCUUUGGGAUCCAUGGCAUGGCCCAUGCUGACACACCCGCCGGUUUGUUUACAAAGGUUUACAGCCACCUGCCUGGCACGGCGCCGCCCUGAAACAUGUGUCGCAGGCUAUCAAAUCUUCGUUGACAGAAAUGUUGAACUUUAAUAUUUAUUAUGCACAUUUUUACAACAUUGGAAAACGUUAAGAAUGUUUCUCCUCAUACAGAAACCAUAUUAAAACAAACAAACAAAAAUCCCCCCAUUCAUACAUUUUUGAAGACGCUCCAGGGAGCCACCAGCUUGGCGCUAAAGAGCCGCAUGCGGCCGACCCCUGGGUUAAGCUGUGAGAAAUGCACCUUUAAAAUAGCUGCAUAUGGUGGGAUUCGAACCCGCGCCGCCUGCAUAGCACUGCAAGCCUUAUCCAACUGAGCUAUGUUCAUGUAGCUACAUUGUUGAGAAAUUGUAAUUGUUUCAUACCAAUUACUCUAGGCUACUCUUUUUACAAAUAUGUUUCUGAUGGUGAUGACGUUCAAAGUCGCACACAUAGACAAACAGUUUCCGAUGCCACAUCUUAUAUGCAUUCACUGAACUGAAACACCAUCAGAAACAUAUUUGUAAAAAGAGUGAUUGGUUUGAUAUAAAACAUCAGCGGGAAUUAGAAACAAGUAAAACAGUUCCACAGAAUGAACCCACAUCAACAUAGCUCAGCCAGAUACAGCUUGCAAUGCGAUGCAGGUGGCCCAGGUUCGCCUCCCAUCAUGUGCAACUAUUUUAGAAGUGCAUUUCUCGGGGGACUUCCGGUGAGCCACGCUGCGAAAUGGUCUUGCCACACUGAGCUCCUGCCACAUUUUCCCCUUUUUUGACGCUUAUUACUUUGAAAGUGUAGUUUUGACUUCAGACACCAUACCCGAACUUCUCUGAACGAUGCCGAACAAAAAUCCUGCAAGUUCUCCACAAAAACAGCAAGAAAUUGUCAACAAACGCUUUAAAGCUAGUUUGCCACACGAGGACAUAGCAUUGCUAAUCAAACAGACAGUGGAGACAGAACGAGAGACUCUGCGUGAGGUGGUAGGUUCCAUGCUAACUGUGACUCUAGACAAAGCACUGUCGCCUCUUAGCGCUUGUAUCUCCGAAAACGGAGCCCUGCUACGUUCGCUUCAAGACAACAUCGAUUGCCAAGCAGCUAAAAUUGAGACGCUAACCACUAAAGUAGAUGGCCUCCAAGGCUCUGUUCGCCAAGUGAAAAGAGAAGCAAACCACUGCAUAACUGAACUGAGCAAACUGCAACUAAAGACUGACGAGCUGGAAGACAGAGGUAGACGAAACAACAUCCGAAUCGUGAACUUGCCUGUGGGAGUGGAGGGCGAAGAUGCUGCUGGGUACCUGAAAACCAUGCUGCCUGUAUGGAUCCCUGACUUAGCAAAGACGGCAACCUUACCACUGGAGAUUGAUAGAGCCCAUCGAGUGUACACUAAGUCUUCCCAAGCCAACACGAUGAUUUUUCGACUUCUUCGGUAUCCUGACCGUCAAGCGAUUUUGCAAGGUGCAAGGAAGGCUAAACCCCCUCUCCCGAAUGGCCCUAAAUUGGAAUUCUACGCCGAUUACUUUGCAGGCACGGCCCAGAGAAGAAGUGCCUUCAAAGGUCUACGAGCCCGAUGUCGCCAGAUGGGAAUAGACACCUUUCUGAUCUACCCAGCUAUCCUGCGGAUUAAAAUCAACGUGUAGCUUGGGGGGGAGGGUCCCGCGUGCUGUCUGUUGCGCGUGCGGGCAUUUGUUCAUUCACUGCACAUGCGGGCUUUUGUCCAUUUGCGCCGUUUCGGUCAUGGGCCUUCCCCGGGUGGGCUUGCGCAUCAUGUCUGGGCUGCGCGCCUGGGUGGUGUGGCUGGGUGCUCUGGGCCGGUCGGGGUCCGUUCGCGGGUGGCGUUGCUCGUCCGCGGGGGGCCUCCCGUCGCCGUCUGUAGAUGGGGGGGGGGGGGGGUUCGUGUCGGCUCCAUUCGCCAGUGGCUCUGCGUGGGCGUAUAUUGGCGGUCUGGCUGGGGCAUGCAGUCUGAUCAGAUGUGCACGGCUGUGCAUUUAGUGGGAUGGGGGGGACGGGGGAGGUGGGAAUGCUGGGAGUGGAUGGCGGAGGGGAGGGCUGUUGCGGCAUUGUAUUUGGAUUGGGCUCGCGGUCCGGGCCUUCUUGGGGUGGUGUUUCUAGAGUGGAAGUCCAAUGGUUUUAACGAUUUUAAUUACAUUACACCAAUGUCCAAUGAUUUUAACGUUUUUAAUUACACUACAUCGCCUCCCUACGCCUCCCGACCCUGUCAACAGGAUGACAGGAUGACACGUCCAAAGACAUGAAGCAUUCUGGACUUUUGCUCUGGGGGCGCUGCUUCCGGGGGGCCUGGGCGGCGGGGCGGAUCAGACUGUGUGUCCUGGUCGGGCCGUGGUGUGUGUUCGCGUGGUGUUGUGGUUGGGGUGGGGCUGGCGCGGGCCCCGUUCUCUCUGCUCGCGGAUGGUGGUGGGGGGUGUCUGCGGAUGGGUGGCGCCGCCUGUGGGCGGACUCUGGCUGGCCAUGCUCAGCCAUGCUGCUCCGACGCGCGGUUCAGAGGUGGUGUGUGGG